CCUCUCUCUCUCUCUCUCUCUCUCUCUCUCUCUCUCUGCAAUACUUGCAGAGGCUCGAAGCUUGUCGUCGGUCGUCCACAGAUCACGAACAUUUCUGAAUUUCACACGCACACACUCACACACACAAUACAUCUCCCUCUUUGGCUGUCUGUACACAGCUUUCUCUGUGUCUGUUUAUCUCGCAAGCAUUGAGUCUGAUGAUGGAAUUCUCACAGAUCCAUGGACGCUUAUGAUAUCUUUCUUUUGAUAGAUUCACAAAAGCUGCUCUUCUUUCUCUGCUUCCUCCUUCAUUCGUUUCUCUCUCCGAGGCAAACAGAUCCAAUGCUGUUAUAGCGUAAUAAACUCUAUACUUUUUGUAUUUCUUUUUCACUCUGAAUUUUCAAGCCCUAGGAUACGAAAUUCAAUCUCAUCCAAUGUCGGCAACGAAAGGGUCGAGCCGAUUUUCCACGAUCGGGCUCGUCACCGCAUGGUAUUCUUCAAACAUUGGGGUUUUAUUGCUGAACAAGUACUUACUCAGUAACUACGGAUUCAAAUACCCGAUCUUUCUCACUAUGUGUCACAUGACCGCUUGUUCUUUGCUAAGCUACAUCGCCAUUGCGUGGAUGAAGAUGGUUCCUAUGCAGACUAUCCGAUCCCGGGUCCAAUUCAUGAAGAUCUCUGCGCUAAGUCUCGUUUUCUGUGCGUCCGUGGUGAGUGGGAAUAUAUCGUUGAGGUAUUUGCCGGUUUCUUUCAAUCAGGCGAUCGGGGCAACCACGCCGUUCUUCACGGCGGUUUUUGCGUAUUUGAUGACGUUUAAGAGGGAGGCUUGGCUCACUUAUAUCACUCUCAUUCCUGUUGUUACUGGGGUUAUCAUUGCCAGCGGGGGUGAACCAAGUUUCCAUCUAUUUGGAUUUAUAAUUUGUAUUGCUGCCACAGCUGCAAGAGCACUCAAAUCGGUGCUUCAGGGGAUUUUGCUUUCUUCCGAAGGUGAAAAGCUGAAUUCUAUGAAUCUUCUCCUGUACAUGGCUCCUAUAGCUGUAGUGCUCCUACUUCCUGCAACACUCUUUAUGGAAGAAAAUGUAGUUGGCAUCACAUUAGCACUUGCCAGAAAGGAUAUCAGGAUCGUCUGGUAUCUGCUCUUCAAUUCUGCACUUGCAUAUUUUGUGAAUUUGACCAACUUUUUGGUCACAAAACACACCAGUGCUCUUACUCUCCAGGUCCUUGGAAAUGCAAAAGGAGCUGUGGCUGUGGUGGUCUCAAUAUUAAUAUUUAGAAAUCCUGUCUCCGUUACUGGGAUGCUUGGAUAUACACUGACUGUCAUUGGGGUUCUCCUCUAUAGCGAAGCUAAGAAGCGUAGUAAAUGAAAGCAAGUCUGGAUAAACAUCAACUGAGAUUUCUACCUGUUCUGUCUCGUUAUGAGUUGAAUGGGGCAACCUUCUGGAGGCAAGUUUGGAUCGGUCGCUUGCCCUAGAUGUCUUGGAUCUUGCCCUCUCAAUUCUAUUUUUUGCCUCAAAAGCCGCAGGUUUCCAUCUGUAUCAGCAACCACCACCAGAAUAGCCCAGAAUAGAAAGUUUUAAUAAAUGUGUUAAUUCAUCUCUCUUCUUCCCACUUUACUGUUACUGUUAUGGAGGAAGAUCUUUUUUUGUCCUUUAUUCUUUCAGGAAACAGUUGUAGGAUUCAAUCUACACAAUAUGUUGCAAAGGAAUUUCAAUAGGUUAAUUAAUGAAAGACAUAAGUUUACCAUUUUUAUGGUUGAUUUUCUCGGUAUUUUUAAGAUUUGAAAGGUUACAUGCUUGUGCUUUUCGCCAGUUCCGUGUGGCAGGUGUAACACCCUUUGUG